AUGUCAACCGUGACUCUGUGGUCUGUUGGAAAGUCUCCUGGUCCCCGUGCUAGCGAGUUACUUUUUGCACGAUGCAAUUUACGCCAACUAAACAUCGCAUUGUCACCUAAGCAGCAGCGAUUCUCAUCCACCUUGCAAAUUGCUGCGAAGAGCAGAACCCAUACCGCUGCCCCUCUGCCUCCCCUCUCGGCUCUGCCUACCAAAGUGCUUCUCCGAUCACUGCUGGUUUCUACUAUCUCCUCCAAGUCCCUUCUACUCGGGCCCUCUCUCUGGCUGAUGUCUAUUCUUUCUAAGCCUAACAGAGGCUGGCUCACCAAUGUGGACCGCAAUCCCAUUUUGCAUGGAAUUUUGAAAAAGACAUUCUAUGAACAGUUCUGUGCGGGCGAGACCGAUGCCGAGACAAGAGCUACAAUCCGUGAACUGAAGGAUAUGGGUUUCCGUGGUGUGAUUAUGACUUAUGCGAAAGAGACCGUUUUUGAUCACCGUACCAACACUCAGCAGGGGCUGGGUAUUGCCGCCCUGGAAGCGGAAAAGAACGAUGACCCCCUCCACCCAAAGGUUGCUCAUUGUGCGAACAUCGAAGCAUGGCACAAGGGAACCCUUGAGACAAUUAAUCAGCUCAGCGACGGUGAUUAUUUGGCUAUGAAAUUGACCGGAGCCGGGCCCGUCGUCACCGACGCCUUCUCCAAGGGCGAACUACCCCCCACCCAGAUGCUUGAAGCCCUAGAUGAGAUCUGCAGCCGAUGCAAAGACCGCAACGUUCGCAUUCUCGUCGAUGCUGAAUCCCAUCAUUUUCUAUCAGGAAUGCUCCGCGUCACUCUUGACCUGAUGCGAAAAUACAAUCACAACGGACACGCUUUAAUCUACUUCACAUACCAAACAUACCUCAAGAGCACCCCAGUCACAAUUGAAAAGCACCUCACAGCUGCACAACAAGAAGGAUUUACACUCGGAUUGAAGUUGGUCCGUGGUGCCUACAUCGCCUCCGACGAACGUUCCCUAAUACACGACACAAAACAAGACACCGAUGACGCCUACAAUGGAAUUGCCCAGGGAGUGCUGAAACAAAAAUUUGGAAAGUUCGGCGUUGAGACUCCCUUCCCAUCCGUGAACCUGUUCUUGGCCAGCCAUAACAAAGCGAGUGUCAUAGAUGCUCAUCAACUUCAUAAACAAUGCACAGCUGCAGGGCUACCUACAGUCCCUGUUGGAUUCGGUCAGCUACACGGAAUGUCGGACGAAGUCAGUUUCUCGCUGCUUCAGCUUAAGGGGGAUGAUGGCACGCCUGAGGUUUAUAAAAGCUCGACUUGGGGUACUAUGAGUGAAUGUCUUGCUUAUCUCCUUCGGAGGGCUAUCGAGAACCGGGAUGCGGUUAUGCGGACCAGUGAUGAGUAUAAUGCUUUGAAAGCGGAGUUUGGACGGAGGAUUCGUGCUGCGUUUUCCUUUACCUCUUCAUGA